AUUAAACUAAAUGAAGCAGGGUUACGAUACGUUUUUCAGAGUCAGACAGAGGCUUGGAUCUGAAACCAAAACAUAUAAGUUUUUGGCAUAGUUUUUCCCAAUGAUGUAAGUGCUUCAUGAGCAGCCUGAAUACUGAAAGAAAACUCAAUACAAACUCAUCACUGCUUGAUGUCCUAAUUGAUGUAGGUAACUAGAAAAAGGGACCGUCUUUCCCUCUUGGAAUUGCAUCAAGAAAGAAGUAGUUAAUGUACACCAUCUCCUGAGGAGAGUGAGAUGGGGAGGAGUAAGAAAGAGCUGUCCAGGUUAGCCUCUGGCAUCUUCAUCCGCUUCUUUCACACCGCCCUCACAGUCGGUAUCUUCUGUGUGCUACUCUUCAAUGACACAGAGCUACGGAAUGCAUUAAAUGGGAAGAACAUUAUUUAUGGGGUAGCCUUCAUAUGCUUACUUCUUGCGACCAGUGUACUCUACUUUAUAGCCAGCUUGAUGAACCCAGGCUAUGUCAUUGUCGACGUAGAAAGGAACGGGUGGAGUCAAGUGGAUUCCAGUGACGAAGAAACGGCGGAGGAAUCAGAAGGGGAUGGCAACGACGAAAGACAGAAAAUGGUCAAAGAUAAAAAGGCAAAGGAUAAAUCACAAAGAAAGUGCAGUUACUGUAAUAUUAAGCAACCGGUGAGGACAAAACAUUGCGAGGAUUGCGGGAGGUGUGUUCGACGGUUCGAUCACCAUUGUCCAUGGCUAGAGAAUUGUGUGGGAGAACGUAAUCAUAGAUUCUUCUGGCUCUUUCUUCUGUGUCAAGCAGCUAUCAUUAUCUGGGCUAUUAGAAUUACUUGGGGUGGAUUCUACUGGCAUCCGACCAUUCAGGAUUGGUUACGUGCUAACGCACUCUACCUGAUCUGCAUGCUUGUACUGAGCCUCGGUGCAGCGGCCGUCAUCUCGUUACUCUGCUGCCAUACUUUCAUGCUCUUCACAAACCAAACCACCUGGGAAUUCAUGUCCCGGCAUCGCAUCACGUACCUGCGAAACCUGGACGAGUCGGUGAACCCGUUCGAUGAGGGAUACUGUCGCAAUGGCCUCAAGUUCUUCUGCUACUGCCCGUACCGCAGUUGGGAUGUCAUGUUGGUGAAGUAUAGCGAUCUUAAGAAUGCCUCAUAAGACAUGACCACUACGACGUUUCCUUUCCUGCAGUUGCUAUGCCAUUAGUUAUUUAAAGCCUCCGAAAACAUGAUGAUGUACAUUAUGGUAUGUACUUAUGGGAAAUAUAUGUUCAGUUUUGUAGUUGUAAGUCACCAAGAGUUAAUGAAUCAUGCAGCACUAAGUCAAAUAAUGAAUAAGCUGUAUUUGUUUUUGUAUCUAUUUAUUUUUUUAACUUUAUAAGACCACCAUUUUGAACAAAUUUUGCUUUUACAUUCAUUUUUACAAAGCCAUUUCUUAUAAUUGCUGUAUAGUAAAAACAUCUGUAGAUGUAGCUUGUACAUUCCACAAGAUAUCAGGCAACCACCUUUGAGCGACAUGGUAUUUAUGUCUUACACAUUGUAUGAAAACUGAAUUUGACAUUCAAGUUGAAAAUGCAGAAAAGUGCAGUAUUUUUGCUUUACCGUGUGAUGAGCACUUGAUUUGGCAAUCUUACAGAUUCUCGCGAUAAACAUAAAGCAAUGCCAAAUCUGGCAACAUCCAAAUAUGAAGUAGGCUGUGCCCAGCUUAACAUAACUUACAUUAGGCACGCUUUCUGUAAUUCUUUGCAUGUGCAAUAUAUGUACAUUUAUGUGUGAGAUAUCAGCACAAAACUUUAACACUAAACAUUUUACAGACAAAACUCUAAUGAAAACAAAACGCAAACAUACACUAACUGAUUACAGGAAAAGUUUAUUGCUGGUAAUAUGUCCAUCUAAUUAAUAGAUAAAACAAACACUAUUUACAUAUUCACAUAAAAAUCUUAUUAAAAAUAAUUUUAUACUUGCUUAUAUGAUAAUUAACACUUACUUUUAAUGCUUUAUUCAAGGUUCUAAAAGUUAAUGGAACAUGUUUCAAACUCAGAACAGUUAUCAUCACACUUUUCUAGAUUUGUAUAUUAAGUAAGCUAGUCGGAAUGGGUUACUACUAGCGGUCUUGGACCUGAUGAAUGGGUUGAUAUGAUUUAUUUUAUUUCAACACGGUAAAAUUGCCCUCGAUCAGCCAUUGGAUGUUCUUUAGAAUGGUUGUGCAUGUAAUUAAAAAACAAAUAAUUAAAUCAUAACAAUCAUAAACAAAGAUGAAACAAAGCACAAACUUAUAUACAAAACUAAAAGAAAGAAAGAAAUAUGAGGAACAAAAUAAAAAAUAGCAACAAAAAUAAGGUGAAGAAGUGAUAAUCAAGAUUACAACACCUUUUCAACUUCAGAUUGUGCCUUUUAUGUUCUGCCGAUGAAUAAACUUAAUGAUGGGGAGAUAAGGUUGCUAUUUUGAGCAAAGUGUGUUUUUGAAGUUUGUAAGUAUAUUAUGUUUUUGGAGUUACAAAGUGCAUGGAAGGAACAUUGUUUAAUAGUAAUCCUAUUACAUAAAAAGACGUUAAGAGUAUCUCUUUAUUUCCUUUACUUUAUCAAUUAGUAUUUCCAUUGUUGGCAGAGAAAUUUACUUUGUGUUUCCCCUUUGCAAUGUUGGCCUCCAUGAUGAACUUUAGAGGAAAUAGCCAAUAACAUGCAUCUUUUUGCACUGCCCGAACAACCUUGCUGAGACGAUGACAUUUUUUCAUUUCCUCUCACUUUGGGCUACCUCACCAUUAAUUGAAAACCAUGAUUUAGGAGUUUUGCAUAUGAUUAAUGCUUAAUGUAUAUUAUCCCUGAAUUCUUUACGUUCCUCUUCUACUGUUCUUUUUUUUGUCAUUGAGUCCGUCAGCUCAAAAAACUCUUCGCUUUGCUGUCAGUGGUGAGAAUGUAGUCCUUUGGUGUGCAUGUGGUUUCAUUCAGCUGUCCAGGUCCUUGGCUGAGAUCAGGUUACUGUUCUGCUAUAUCAGGAGAGGCAGAUGGAAUGGCAUAAGUUUUGGUAAUCAUGUUAAGUGUGAUAGCUCUCAUGAAGCUGAGGAGUUUAUCACUGUCUCCUUCAGUGACAUGAAAAAGUGCAGGAAUUGCAUUCAUCCUUGAAUUGACUGUGGUCUCCAUGUGCCAACUGUUUUGGCAGGGCUUCAUUGCUGCCUCACGCAUAGAUCUUCACUCUGCGCUGCUCUCAGAGAUCGAGUCCCCUCAACAUACACCUUUGUGACAAACUCGUCAUACUGUGUCUUUCCAGUCUCUUCCCACCUUUGCACUGUAUUGUCAACUGAGUCAUCUGCACAUACUCGUGUGCCAAGGGUGAUAGGGUCAUUAAAUUCGUCCAGAAACGGAUUUCGCAUGUUUUGGAUCAUGUUUGUCAGGUUGGUGACUUGUUUGUGGUACGUCUUGGUUAGCUGAGGGACUUUGUCCAUGGUGCUUAUGUCCGUUUGGAUGAUCGUCUCCUUCUGGGGUGUAACCUUGUAACUCCAUGAUGCUCUGGUCCUGAAGACAUCCUCCUCAAGGCUGCAGGCUUUUCAAAGAUCCCUACUGCCCCACCUGAACCUUUCACAGUUUUCUUUUCCUGCUCAUGAGCCUUUUCAAAUUGAAUAGACGAUAAAACUUUUUGGAUGUUUUGGGGAAGAACCGUGUUACUGGCAUUCUUGGAUUCCUCCUUGAUUCCAUCUGGAAGUGAUUUCAUGUCUCGAACCGUAUUUGGCAUAAUUGGUAUGAUCAAAGGCAAAGAAGAAUGGAGUGAGUUCUUCUAAGAAUCUGACGUACGUUUGGAAGUUCCUUUCUCUGUGUGCCCAGAUGAUGAUGUGAAUGGACAUUUCAUUUCUCUAUUUGCUCCCAGUACUUGAAUGUAGAACUUUUGCUUCAUCCUUUGAUUUUUUCCAAAUUGCAAAUCAUUUCGCCCAGAUCUUAUCUGAGAAGCCUCCUCUUGCAACUUAAUUUAAAGUGACUUGAUGUGCAUAUCUUGUAUGCAUGAGAUGUGAAGCUUUCAGAAAAGAAUCUGCUGUUCCAUGAGAUGCCACUUUGGCAUCAACUAAAGCUGUUGUCCACCCAGAGCAUUUCCAAGUGUCAUUUUUGUGUGCAGUCCGCCAAGUAUAACUUCAUGUUUAUUUUUCACCAUGGGCUGUAUCUGGUCAUUUCCAUUGCACACAUUUUGCCAAGGCGAAGAGAAUCAUUUAUAAUCCCUGGGAUUUGUCCUCGAUUGAGAUAUUCGAUAGCCUGUUUCUGGACGUCUAUUCCAUGCUUUAUCAUAGCUUGGGUCAUAGCCUUGGUUGA